AUGAACUGUCUUCUCGCCAUCCUCUUCUUCACGGGACAGGACACGCCACAAAACCAUCGUCUGGCUUUAGUGAGCAACUCUCUUGAACCCGUCAACGAAAUAUACACUCUGCACCACAAUAAGGCCUUCCCAGAACCUCGGAAAGGUUACGACGUGUAUAAGACGCAUGUCGAUGUCAAGGAACCCGGCACAUAUGUUACCGUCUAUUGUUCAAGGAGUUGGCAGAGCGAUGAAAUUCGCUUAAGACUUUGGGACGCGCGAGAUAAACUCUCAAACUAUGGGAGAGGAGACCCCAUCACGAGGACUGAAAUAGAAGUUAAUUGCCUGAGUCUCAUUCGUUCAAUGACCAGUAAACCGCAGAUCUCCGCAGUUCAUAGCAAAGAUCUGAUAGAAACCGGAAAAUGUACUCAAAAAGCCUUGGGAAACCUAGCCCUUGAAUGCAUUUUUAAGUCUCAGGGUAGGUAUCUAUCUAACGGAAAUAGAUAUAAUAACUUUCGCCCUACCGUCGUCUUUGACACACCCAUCAAAAUGUCGAGUUUGACUGGAGGCGGUAAAUUUAUACAGAUGGAAACUACAGAGGUGUCAAAACAUGUACUUGCUUGGUGUAAUGGUAAUAUUCAUCUCUUUCGAGAGUCAUCCGAUCUGGAAGCAUGGCUUCCAGAAACAUCCAUUAUUUACUCGCCAAAAAAUGGAGAAACGAUUACCAAUUUUUUGUUGAAAGCUAAUCCGCAAAUUAAAAAGGCAUGGUUGCAAUCGACUCCGAGUCUUGGUAUCAUCCGUAAUACUGGAUCCCAAAAGCUUCGUGAAGAUAUAGGAUUACUUCCCAUAUUGGGGACUAAAAUCAGGGGGCACAAAUUAGAGGUGGAUAAACUUGCUUCUAGAGACGCCACAGGCUUUCUGGCGGGCGAGAUAUGUAAUUACGUCGGUGAUGUCAAUGAUCAACCCCAUGAAGUCUUAUAUAAGACUGAGAAAAUGUUGGAAGUGUCAUACUUGAGGGACGAUUAA